UGUGAGCAGCAGCUGGACUAUGAUAGUAGAGUUGUCCAGAGGAGGCUCUAUGAGGAAGCUCUGCUGAAGAUCACUCUGCCCGCUCUCAGCAGCAAAAUGGACAGCAAGUGGAAGAAUGAGCUGCAGCAGUUUGAGCAGUACAUUUUCUCAGACUACAGCAGUUUCAUCCUGGUUCGUAACAUCUAUGAUGAUGUACUGCAAAGCAUCCUCAGCAAGGAGAUAGAGACAGCGGUCCAGGAUGCAGCCAGUAAGAAGAGCAACAAUCUCUUAUUGGACACCUCAGACCUGGCCAUUAGUCAGUACAGUCUGCUGGGCCUGACACCACCUCGCUCUGCGCCAGACAGUCCAGCCACUUCUGCUCGAGACUCCUCAGCAGCGGCCGCUGAAGAUCCAGAACCUGCUCCUGUGGUGGAGGAAGGAGGUCAGAAAGUCCCUAAGAAUGAGCCAGAUCUUAACACUGAUGCCAAACCUGACCCUGGUGUGACUCAAAGCCGUGACCAGAGCACAGUGUCUCCGUCUCCUGUGAUUGUUGUGACCCAACAGUUCGAUGAAUCUGCAGCUGAGGAGGCUUCUUGCAUCGAGGAAACCAGAGAAGAAUUCCAGCUUGCUACUUCCGCACCUUCUAAGAUGGAGUCAGCUACAGCUGAGCCUUCCAGCACAGCCCCAACUGACUCUGAUGCAGCUGAAGUUGGUACACCAACCUCAGAUUCCACCAAUCCCAUCACAGACUCCCCCGAUCUUCUAAUGUCCAGUCUAUCCUCGCCACAGUCCACAGAUGCUCCAGCUGCAUGUGCUCAAAGUGAUCCACCUGCAACGCCAGAAAGUUCUGCAACACCUGACCUCUCAACCUCAGUUACAGUGACAGAAGACACCUCGGACCAGCAUCCCUGCCCCUCAUCGUCACCCCCACCUUGUACAGAUACUUCAGUUAAAAUCAGGCUUGGGUCACUAUGCGAGGCCAUUGGUUGCGACUCUGUGGCACCUUCUGUAAUGCAGACGAUGGAACGGCAAACCACUGACAGAGCUGUCUACUUGACAGGACAAAUAAAGGACAACUGGGAGGUGGAGAGGGUCAAAGAAGAGAAACAGUUAGAGGCAGCAGAAGAGGUGGAG